AUGCGGAGACAUUUUCUCUGUUUACAUUGUUUCACGUCGAACCAGAGACCACGGACACUCCAAACCGGAAGUACAUCGACGUGGUUUCCUCUUCCUGCGUUUCACGGUUUGGCCACACAGAGGCGCUGUUCUAUCAGACUAACAACAACAACAAACAUUUUGGGAUCUCCCACAGAAUUAAGGCUCAUGGUGGUUGGUAGCAGUGGAUCUUCUCAGUUCCUACUAACCAACGCCAUACUGGGGAGAGAGGAGUUUCCUAUGGAUACCACCAGCAUUUCUGGCAGCAGGAAGAAUACUGGAGAGAUGGCCGGUAGACGAUUGGCCGUGAUCAAUGGACCGAACAUCUAUGACAAGGAUAUAUCUCGACCCAGGAGGAAGAUGGAGCUGAGAAGGUCUAAGUGCUUGUGCAUCCCUGGUCCCCAUGCCUUUCUCAUCGCCUUUGACAUGGAGAAAAUCUCCCCGAAUGACAUAAAGACCCACAGGCUGAUGAAGGAACGCUUCGGGAGUCACUGUCUGAAGCACUGCAUGGUCCUCCUGGCUUCGGAGGGGAACCUGGAGGAAGCUGCGCUGGUGGACAGGGUGGAGAAGACGGACUGGCACCUGAGAGAACUCAUCGAGAGGUACGGCGGACGCUUUCACGUUUUCAGCAAGAACUGGAGAGAUCGCAGCCGGGACAGAGAGCUGCUGCAGAAGAUCGAGUGGAUGGUGGCCUCGUUAGGGGGAAGCUGCUUCUCCAGCAGAACUUUCCAGAAGGCGGAGGACUUCGUGAAGAGGGAGGAGAAGAAGCUCAGGAAGCAGAGGGCGGCAGAGAUCGAUCAGGCAUGGUCUGAGAUGGAGAAGCAGUACAUAGCGGAGGAGCUGUAUCACCAGAAGGACGCCUACACCGCCAGCGUUGGCGCCGAGAUCAGAGCCAAGGCGGAGAUGGACAACGGGUGGCUCAGAACGUCGCUGGUCAGAGGGCUGGGCACGGGUCUGGUCAUGGGAGCUGUUGUGGGAGCAUUGUUUGGGUCAAUAGAGGGGCCGGGGGGGAUGGUUCUCUAUGGGAUCGUAGGUGGGGCAGUCGGAGGAUCAGCCGGAGGAACAGCCCAGGUCGCUAUAAAGCAUAUGGAAAACAAAGUGACUCCACCCGCCAGACUCAACUUUAACUCAAUCUUUAUCAAUCGCUUCUUCACAGCCACUCGGCCAUGACAACGUGGCGACGACUUCUCACCUGUUUUUCACAAAGAAAGUGAAAAGGAAAACUUAAUAUGAUGUACUCAUGUCAUCUAACACUUGGUUACGUAGCUUUGAAGUUGACUCAAUAGUAAAUGAGAUAAGGAAAUGUACAACUCCCAAACUUGACGCCUUGACGAUACUUUAUAUUUGAUCAUUUUAGCUAUUUUUGAGUUAUAUAAUUUACAUACUGUACGAUUCUAUAUGCUACUGGUUCUUUGUGUGCAUAUUAGUUUACCAAUGGUCAAAACAAUAAAGCUCACAGCUGAUUCAAACU